AAAUCAACUUCCCAUUUAGCUAAAAGUGAUAGCAAGCUGGAUUACCAAAUUAGAUAGCUAACAUAUUUUAAAUACACUAUUUCAUAACUCUCCCAUUUUACAUUUUUAGUGGACUUUUAACAAGCCAUCGCGAGAGAUCUGUCACACCUUGCCAUCAGAGUGUGAUGAUGAUGGGCCACCAGAAUGAUGAGGAAGAAGGUGGUAAUAAAGACAACAGAUUCUACAUCGAGGCCUCCAGUAGCUCAGAAGGUGAGCUGGGGUUUAGUCAGUACAAACAGUCCAGCUCACCGAGAGCUCCCCAGGCCACUGGAGGAAACUCUCCCCUAGUUCUGGCCUUCCCUCUCUCGUCUGUCCGGGCUCUACGGGACGUGUCGCCACUGGACAGCAGCCCUAGCCCGAACUCCAGGCUAAGCCUCCACUCAGAGCAGGACCUGGAGUAUGAUGAUGAAGUCCUAGAGGAGUGGAUGAUCCUGGGAGGGGAGGAGCAGGAGGGAGAUGGGGACAUCCAGCUCAACCUGGGGUACUGGAGCAGCAGCUCAGAGUCGCAUUCUGGAACAGAGGAUGAAGAACUGAAUGCAAAAUAUGCUCUCAAACACAACUGGGCCAUAAUAGAGAAGGACAAGCCACGCCCAUACCGCUAUUUCACCUCUGACCGGAGUCUCACCUGUCACAACUGCAACAAGACUGGACACCUGGCCAAGGGCUGUACCACCCCGAGGAGGCGACCCACCUGUGUGUUGUGUGGGCUCCAGGGCCAUGUCCAGAGGGCCUGUCCAGGCCGGCACUGCCACAGCUGUGGGCUCCCCUCACACGGGUACCAGCCCUGCCCUGAACCCCCUUUCUGGAACCAGCACUGCCACCGCUGUGGGAUGGCUGGCCACCUAUCAGAUGCUUGUCCGGAUAGAUGGAGACAAUUCCACUUCACAACUCAGCAGGAGGUUCCCCUCAGGCCACACGUUGACCACACCCACAAACACUGCAGACACACCGCUCACUGCUACAACUGCUCCAGGAGAGGACACCUCGGCCAUGAGUGUACUCAGAGGAGGAUGAUCAGUGGGACGUUUGCCUCGCUCCCCUACGUCUGUCACUACGACAACAAGCAAGACAUCGUCAAACUGAACACCAGGAUACACAGAAAAGCCAGAGAGCUACGGGUGGAGGGCUUCAUGCCUCUGUUAGAGCACCAGAGGACCUACGUGACACCAGGGGGCAGUAGUGAAGAGGAGCGGCCCUCCCCAGCUCCAGGGAGGAGGAGAAGCCUGGAGGGCAGGAGGAAGACGUGGCCGGAGAGACGCAGGGAGAGACGGGAGGUGAAGAAGCUGAGGAGAGAGGCCCAAGCCAGGAGGGCGGUUGGGACGGCCAAAUGGGGCUCAGACGAGAUUGUUUACACCAGGGACCACUUUAAGAACCCCCACAGAGAACCCAUACCUCCCCCUCAGAAGAAGAGACGCCGUGAGGAAAGGAGGGAGAGCAAGAGUGAGGAGAGGAGUAGGAAGGGCAGAAGUAAAGAGAGCAGUAGGAAGAAUAGAGAAGCAGAGAGGUGGAAGAAGAGAGGAGGGAUGAAGCAUGGGUACCUGUACCCCCGUGAUGACUUGGGACCCAUGAAUGAUUACCUCCUCUCCCCCAAAAAUAGGGUGCGAAUUUCAUAAGAAAACAGAGAUGUUGUGUUUGUAUUGUAUUCCAUUAUGUUUGAAUAGCUGAUGAGUGUCUUGAGAAUUUUUGUCCAAUUUUAUGAACAAAUGUGGGUUUUAUUUUUUGGGGUAGAAAUGGCUGGGUUGUGACAUUGCAGGACACUGUUGGAGUAUAGGAAAGGUGAAACAAAUAUAUAUUUUUAACGUAUUCACCCUACUUGAAUGAUUGACAAAUAAAGCAUUAGGCUAGGG